GGAAGAUGUUUGUUCAGUACAGCGGUACAGAAGGGCAGACAGCAGGAGCUGACCUUCAGCUUAGCAAACACACUUCAUUCUCAGUAAUUCAGGGGACCCAGGACAAUGCUUCCAGCUGUGAUAACAGCGCUCAUGCUCCUUUCUUUUACUCAUGGGGAGAAUCCUGCCGUUCAAGUCAUUCUGACCAACAAAGGACUUCAGUACGGAAAGCAUGUGGGUGCCGGAUGGAUUCAGGAUAAGUUGGCGUCUGUCACAUUCCCUGACAUCAGUGGUAAAAUCCGCAUCAGCAUCUUUGGCAACUUAGACUACACACUGACAGGUGUCACCAUCACAAAAUGUGACUUUCCUGAGCCAUCUGUCGAGUUCUAUCAGGAUGCCACAGGAUUCAAGACAUCCAUGUCAGGCCUCUGUGUUGCACUAACCGGCGGGUGGAUGACACACUUUGGCUUAAUACACUGCAGUGGAUCAUUCAACCUGGCUGUAUUCAGUGUGGAUGUGACCUCUGUAGUGGAGCUGGGGAGAGAUGCUGACGGUCAUCUGUCUGUCACCAGUGUCAGCUGUGAUGCUCAAGUUGGAGAUGUGGACUUACAGUUAUAUGGUGGAACCAGUUGGAUCUUCCAACCUGUUCUGGGGUAUUUCAAGGGGCCUAUCAGAGAUGAAAUAAAGGGCAGAAUCUGCCCGAAUGUGGAGGAAAUCAUUGUAAGAUUGGAGUCCCACCUACAGGCCAUGAACGUUUCCUUUGAUGUGGAUCAUGACCUUACUCUUGACCUACCUCUCACCGGCUUACCUGUUAUUAAUUCUUCAAGUCUGAAUCUGGGUCUUAAGGGAGAGUUCUAUAGCAUCAAAACUCACGCAGAGCCCCCCUUUGAGGCCCAGCCUUUCACCGUGCCCAAGCAGCCAGGCUACAUGUUGUCUGUGGGUUUGUCUGAAUUCACCCUGAACUCUGCCUCGUAUGGAUACUACUCAGCUGGACUGCUUCAGGCCCUCAUCAAUGACAGCAUGAUACCUCCAGGCUCUCAUAUACACCUCAAUACCAGCUCAAUGGGGCCUUUCAUUCCUCAGCUUCCCGAUAUGUUUCCAGGGCUGCUGAUGAACCUGCAGGUUUAUGCCAGAGAGGUUCCACUGUUUUCAUUCCAGCCUGGUGCUGUUAAACUGGGCUUACUUGGUGCUGUUAAGGCUUUUGCCAUCCAGGCAAACGGUACCCAGACCCCACUGUUCAAACUCAAUGUUGACUCAGCGUUCAGCGGUAAAGUGUGGACUGCUGACGGGAAACUGAAGGGCUCCAUGGCAAUGAACAAUCUUACACUGACGCUGGCGUCCAGUGAAGUGGGAACCUUUAAGACUGAUGCUAUUGGAGGCCUUGCGAGGAUGGCAUCAACAGUGCUCGUGGCAAAACUGAACGAGAAACUGGGCAAGGGUGUUGAUUUACCCAGAAUGAAACAUGCAGAGCUGGUCAACACUGUUCUGGCAGUGGAAGAGGGUUUUAUAGCCAUCUCUUCAGAUGCUCAGGUGCUGCAAACAGACGGACACUUCAACUGACUGACACGCUGGCCUGUUGAGCUCUGAUACAUCAAACAUGGACGCUCUUCAUCUCAGUUUAGAUUCUUAAGCUUUAAACCAGUAAACAAACUGGAUUUGUCUUUAUCUGACACAUGACAAAAGCACAACUGGGUUCAAAAUGUACCCCACUGUGGAUUCUGGACUGCAAAUAAUUAACAAGUACAUCAACAUUCGGUACUCAUAAAUUACACACCUACAGCCUUCAUGACAAAUCAACGUGAUUAACCCAGCAUUUCAACUCAACGCAGAAAAUCGAGGUGUACAGCCUAGUCUGCCAUUUUUUACUCAAGAAUGUAGAAAUGUAUUUUUUUUAAAAAAAAUGAAUUAAACCGUUUAAUAUAAAAAUGUAAGU